GCAAAGUGGAGAUCUGCGCGCCACCGAAGGAUCCCCCCUGAGCGCUCCAAGACGGCGCUGCAACUCCCUUAAAAGACUGCGUGAGCCCAGUGUGAAAAGAACAUUACAUCGGCAGCUGAUAACAUCGUCCACUGCCUGUUUCAGGCUGUUACCGAAACCAAAAUGUCUUCUACAGAUCCUUAUCAGCAAAUUAUGGUGGAACACCAGUAUUCACACAUCUUUACCGUGACGAUUAAGCAAGCCAAGAAUGUCACCAAAGGGUCUUUUGGAGACAUGCUUGACACUCCCGACCCUUAUGUGGAGCUGUUCAUCCCAACAGCCCCAGACAGCAGAAAGAGAACGACACACAUCAACAACAAUGUGAACCCCGAGUGGAACGAAACCUUUGAAAUGAUUUUGGACCCCAAGCAGGAAAAUGUUUUGGAGAUCACUCUUAUGGAUGCAAAUUAUGUGAUGGAUGAGACAAUUGGUACAGCAACGUUCCCCAUAUCUUCUUUGAAAGUGGGAGAGAAGAAAGAUGUCUCACUCAUCAUCAAUAAAGUCAUUACCGUUACUUUGGAGGUAUCUCUUGAAGUUUGCUCAUCAACAGACCUCCGUUUCAGCAUGGCGCUGUGUGAUGAGGAAAAGAUUUUCCGAGAGCAGCGGAAAACUAAAGUAAUGCACCAUCUAAACAAUUUCCUGGGGACAGACCUCACCUCUACCCGCGAUGUACCGGUGAUUGCAAUAUUGGGAUCUGGUGGUGGAUUCCGUGCCUCAGUGGGGUUUGCUGGGGUGAUGAAAGCACUGUAUGAAUCUGGAAUUCUGGACUGUGCAACAUAUAUCGCUGGCUUAUCUGGAUCCACAUGGUAUAUGUCAACCUUGUACUCUCACCCAGAUUUCCCAGCAAAAGGACCAAAGGAAAUAAACGAGGAGUUGAGGAAUAGUGUCAGUCACAACCCAUUGAAGCUGCUCACUCCUCAGAAAGUAAAGCGAUAUAUUGAAGCAUUAUGGAAAAAGAAGAGGUCUGGGCAGCCUGUUACAUUUACAGAUAUCUUUGGAAUGUUGAUUGGGGAAACUCUCAUCCAAAAUAGAAUGAACAACACUUUGUCUGAUAUGAAAGAGAAAAUCAACAAAGCGCAGUCCGCUUUGCCACUCUUUACAUGCCUCCACGUUAAACCUGAUGUAUCGGAACUGAUGUUUGCAGAUUGGGUGGAAUUCAGUCCCUAUGAAAUCGGGAUGGCUAAAUAUGGUACCUUUAUGCCUCCUAAUUUGUUCGGCAGCAAAUUUUUUAUGGGAACGGUAGUGGAUAAAUACAAAGAAAACCCUUUGCAUUUCUUAAUGGGUGUCUGGGGAAGUGCAUUUGCUAUAUUAUUCAACAGAGUCCUUGGAGUUUCUAAUUCUCAAAAUAAAGGGCCUACAAUGGAAGAAGAACUAGACAAUAUCAGGGUACGGCACCUAGUGAGCAACGAUUCAGACAGCGAUGAUGAGUCACAGGGACCAAAAGGCUCAGAAAACCCUGAUGCUGAGAAAGAACGUGAACAGAGCAACCAGGAGAGCUGGGUUCAGCGGAUGUUUAUGGCUCUGGUGGGCGACAGCGCCCUUUUCACCACCCGGGAAGGACGUGCAGGCAAAGUACACAACUUCAUGCUGGGCCUGAAUCUCAAUACUUGCUACCCGUAUUCUCCUUUGGCCAGCUACGGUGCUCAAGAAUCUGUGGACGAGGAUGAAAUGGAUACUGCUGUCGCAGAUCCUGAUGAGUUUGACAGGAUAAUGGAGCCAUUGGAUGUAAAGAGCAGAAAGAUUCACAUUGUGGAUAGUGGGCUUACAUUUAAUCUGCCAUAUCCAAUUAUCUUAAGACCACAACGAGGGGUUGACCUUAUCAUCUCAUUUGAUUUUUCGGCACGUCCCAGCGAUUCUAGUCCUCCUUUCAAGGAAAUUUUACUUGCUGAAAAAUGGGCGAAAAUGAACAACCUUCCUUUCCCCAAAAUAGACCCAAAUGUUUUUGACCGCGAAGGCUUGAAGGAGUGCUACGUCUUCAAACCCAAGAAUCCUACUUCUGACAUAGACUGCCCAACAAUUAUCCACUUUGUUUUAGCCAAUAUAAAUUUUAGAGAAUACAAAGCGCCAGGUGUUCCAAGGGAAACUCAAGAAGAGAAAGAUUUUGCUGAGUUUGAUAUUUUCGAUGAUCCCGAUACACCGUUCUCCACCUUCAACUUCCAGUACCCUAAUGAGGCCUUCAGCAGACUGCACGAUCUAAUGGAGUUUAAUACCCUGAACAAUUUAAAUAUAGUCAAGCAAGCAAUAGCGGACAGUAUUGAGUACAGAAGACAGAACCCGUCGCGCUGCUCAGUAUCCCUCAGCAGCGUCGAGGCAAGGAGGUACUUCAACAAGACUCAAAGCAACAACCAUACAUAGGGACAACACAUUGCAGGCUUCGUUACCCAGAGCAGAGUCUUCCUGGAUUGGUUGGACAGACGUCGUGAUGAAGAAAAUUGCUUCUGGUAUAAACAGUGCAGAAACACAAUGUGGGCGUUUUAUAGACUUUAAAAUGGCACUGAGUUAUCUUACGGUCAUGACAAUAUCCUAAGCCACCUGUCAAGGCAGCUCAUGUGUGCAUACAAAUGUGCAGCAAUAAUCGCUAGAAAAUUUUGAUACCAUUGUCUGAUGAUGAGUUCGUGCUAAUAUGCUCUGUGUACAAAACGCCAGUUCACUCGUACACUAGCACCAGUGGGAAUAUAAUUGGCUUCUUUAAAAUGUUACUGUUUAUUUUUUUAUUACAUAUACAUAGAUAACGGCUGAAUAUUGUUU